ACUUAAUGUUCUUCCGGUUACUUUUCCUGUUUAGCUUCUUCUAUCUCUAGACUGAAAUGUCUGAGGUGACGGAACGAAACUUUCACAUGAACACAACAACAGGAAUGGCCUACACUUCAAACAAAUCAGGCAGUUUAUUAUCUACAGUGGCCUUACUUGUGACCCUGGUGUUCGGACUGGUCUUGAACACUCUUUACCUCUGGGUCCUCAGAUGCAGGAUGAGAAGGAAUAUCAACACCACUUGGUUUUUUCACUUAAUUUUAGCCAAUAUUGUUUUUACAUUCAUAAUGCCAUUCCUUGCAGCCUAUAUGCUAACUCACCCACACUGGAUAUUUGGCUCGUUCCUAUGUAAAUGCUUUAAUUCCCUGUUAUCUGUGUGUAUGUAUGCAUCUGUUUUCUUUCUCACAGUUAUCAGCCUUGAUCGCUACAGUUUAGUCUUCCACCCAGUCUGGUACAGAGGACGCAGGAAUAAUCGCUAUGCAUCCGCCAUCUGCAUUUCUACUUGGGGGUUGGCCAUUUUGUUUAGCUCCCCAUAUUUUGCAUUUCGCCAGAUACGCCUGCUGGAGGACAAUAAAACUACCAUUUGUUACAAUGAUUAUACACUUUCUGGAUCAAUCCAGGAAAAGUCAUCGAUACACCUGAGAUGGGUCAUGUUCAGCUUUCAUCUAAUAUUGGGCUUCCUACUGCCAUUUGCUGUAAUCACCGUUUGCUAUGUCAGAAUUGCUCUCAGGAUGAAGAAGGGAAACCUGGUCAGAUCAAGUAAACCUUACAAGAUCUUAUUUAUAACUGUGACAUCUUUCUUUGUAGCCUGGUUUCCCUAUCAUGUAUGGUAUGGAAUGACCAUUGAGCAGGGCAGAUUCCAUACAUCUACUUUGGAUAUACUGAUGGCCUUUAGCACAUGCUUGAUUUGCGUUAAUUAUUGCUUUACACCACUAUUUUAUCUCUUUAUUGCAGUGAACUUCAAGAAAUCAUUACAGAAGUCUAUAUUGCUGCUCAUUGAGUCGAUAUUUAAUGAAACGUUUAACUCAUUGAACAGAAGUUUUGAAGACAAAUCAUAUGCCCCUUCCAGCUCUGCUGUAAAUGAGAGAAACCAGGGAGAAGCAAUACAUGUGCCUGUAGCCUUUUUUGAAAUUAAACAGGGACCAACUGACCAAGUCAUCGCUGUAGAUUGAUUGGCAACAAAACUGUUUUUUAUUAGAUAUGUUGUUGGUGUUUAGAGAAAUAAUUACUCUGUCCUGGUAUAGAUGUGUACUGGAUGAUUCAUCUACGAAGUUAUGCUUUGCUGUGCUCCACUUCUAAACUGGUUCAGUCAGUAAAUCUAGAAUCCAAGAACGAUCCAACAUUGGAUCAGGGUUAUCUCAUAAGAAGGACCAAGAAAGAAUAUCCAAGUCCCUGUCCUAUCUUGGAUUUCACAGGCCUUUCUACCAAGUCCCAGUCUCAUCUUAAAUGAACUCAAGCAAUUGACUUUAUAAUGACAACCUUGAAGCUACCCAAGUAAAGCCGUGACACCAAGUUUAGGGAUUCUUAUCCAUUCGAAUAAAAAACCUUUGAAUAUACAGUUGUGUUUAGAAAAAUAGCCGUGU